AUGGACGCGGAGGGCAUAACUGAGUACGAUGUGGUCAUCGUGGGCGGCGGGCCAGUUGGCCUGUUGAUGGCAUACCAACUGCGGCGCUUUGGAGUAUCAGUCUGUGUCCUCGAGCAGCAUGAGAAGGAGUCCCAAGACGCCUAUGGGCGUGCCAUUGCCCUGUUCCCGCGCACCACCGAACAGCUCGACCAGCUCGACCUCAUUGAGCCGAUGCUUCAGCUCGGCUUCGCCUGUCGCACCAGCGUGACCUACAAGGACGGCGAGAGAGUAAUCCCUGGACGCGUGUGGACUUUCAUGGAGAACAUCAAGGACACGACGUACGACUUCACCUUGGUGCUUCGUCAGAUGUACACGGAAGAAAUCUUUCGCGAAAAGCUCGAGUCGGUGGGUGCGUCAUAUUACCAGGCUAUGCAGUGUAUAGACUUUGAGGUCGACGAGACCGCGUCUUCUGGGCAGUACGCAGUGACGAGCACAUUCGAGGAUAAGCGCAGUGGUGAGAAGAAGCAGCUGCGGAGCAAAUACAUUGUCGGCGCGGACGGUGGCCGCAGCUUUGUACGGCGCCACGCAGGCAUCCCGUUCGACGGCGACACGUCCGAGGACAAAUGGAUCCGCAUCGACGGGAUCGUGGAGACGGACAUGCCGCUGAACCGUUCCUACGGCGCCAUCGAGAGCAAGACACACGGCAACGUACUCUGGGCGCCGCUCGACCACGGCGCCACUCGCAUCGGCUUCGCCUACAGCCCAGAGAUGGCAGCCAAGUACCCGGACGGCGUCACCCAGGAGGUCGCGGAACAGGAGGCCGUGUUGGGCAUGCACCCCUUCAGCGUCAAGUUCAAAGAGGUGCACUGGUGGACAUUAUACACCAUCGGCCAGCGAAUGGCGCGGACGUUCACGACCAAGAACACCCGGGUCUUGCUGUGCGGUGACGCGGCUCACACUCACAGCAGCGGCGCCGCCCAGGGCCUCAACACGGGCAUCCACGACGCCGUCAACCUGGGCUGGAAGCUUGCGCUGCACAUCCGCGGCCUCGCUCUCCCCGCGGUGCUCGACACGUACUCGCCCGAGCGCAGGACCGCCGUGCAGCAGCUCAUCGACUAUGACAAGGACAUAUCCAUCCUCAUGUCGCACAAGUGGCCGAGCUGGUAUGCCGGCGACCGUGACGCCGACCCUUACCUCCUGCUGGGCGAGAUCUUUGAGAAAGCUGCCUCGUUUAAUACCGGAUUGGGAAUCUCGUAUCCUCUCAACAACCUCAAUCGCUCCCCUAGCAGUCUGACCACCCAGCUAGCUAUAACUCCAGGCAGCCGGCCUCCUGAUGUCGAUCUGUACAUGCCUGGCACGAACCAGAAGAUCCGCUUCCAGCGGGUCACCCGCAACUGCGGCAAGUUCUGGGUUGUCGUUUGGGUAGGCAAUCUUGCCUCCACGAGACAAUCACUGGCGACCCUGCGAUCGUUCUUGGACGGGCCUGGCCACGACCUCCUGGGCCACGGGGCCAUCGACUGGCUGACGAUCUCGCCCACGCCGGGAUGUUCGCCAUUUGAGGCGCUCGGCGGCAUGAGGCCGUUUGGAAACAUGUACUUUGAUCUCGCGAGCUAUGCCCAUGAGAAGUUUGGCGUGGAAGACCAGAAGGGCGCCAUUGCGAUCCUGCGGCCAGACGGACUGCUUGCGACUGCCGGGCCACUGGCUGGAGCCUGGGUCAACAAUUAUUUCGCCAGCGUCUUGACCCGUAUUGAACCGAUGACUGAGUGGUCUAGCUCGGACUCUGGAGUCAGUGUGUAG